UAGCUUUGGUUUAGUUAUUACUCUUAAUUUAUAAACUUUGUUUUUCAUUUCCUUAGGGCCAGUUUACGAUAACUGUACCUGCGGACGAGACGCUCCAAAAAAUGUGACGACACAACGACCGGUCGUGACGUCUGUCAUUCCAAACUGGUGUUUUAGCCCGUCUGGAGCUGACUGUAGUUGGUACAAGGACUGUCUAGAGAAACGCUAUCCUUGUAAAGAGCAUGGCAACUCGUAUGCCCUUGAUUAUGCAGAGAAAUUUUGCAAUUUAUACCAAGAUCAUUACCAAGAAUUUAACUCCAUUGGUCGAGAAUGGAUCGAUGCUGUAAGGAAAUGUCUACAAGUCAAACUUGUACCCAUCCUUAGACCUUUUGUAAUGGCAACAUGCGAGAGUAUCAGGCAACAGGCCUUUGAUUCUCACUCUGGAUGCUAUCUUCAUCCGGAUUUUGGAAAGCCAUCCAUCUGUAAUAUUGGUGUGGGUAACUGGGCUCGUAUAUUUUGGACUGUAAAAGGCGCGCUUAUUCAAGACGCGCCGGCAACCUUAAAACAGAUGCUUGAUGUUGUUUUGGCCUGUGGUGCUGAUAUACUAUCAGCUGGAAUGGAGAAGAUACAGUUGAUAUUUCGACGAGCAAAUGAAUCGGUUCUGAGAAACCUUAAUAACUUUGCGAAUAAUAUUGCAGAUCAAAUUGCAAACAAAAUGGACUGGUACAGGAGAGGAAUAAGUUUUUUCGGGUACCCAACUCUGGAAAGUUCGAAUCGUAAAAAACGUGCUGCUGACAAUGCCACUGACACUGUUUACGUCAACAUACUGAUUACUGCAAAAUCCGAAUUUGACCUUAACGCCAACGAUAGUCUACAAGCUAAUGUGUCAGCGGAGGCGAUAAGCGUGGCUAAAUCCAUUGAAAAUGGCGAUGUUCGCUUAAAUAUAACGGAGGAGAUGGAGUUUAUAAAAUUAAGUCUUUGCAUCGACUACAACUGUACCGACACUUCUCUACAAGUAGAACCAGCACCACCAGAGAAGAAAGACGGGAGUGGAGUAAAUGCUGCAAAUGUGAAACCGUUCACCAAUGUGCUUUCAAGUACUGCGGUUGUGCUGCAAGUGUUUAUGUUUUGCGUGUUAAAAUGCUACAACAUGUUCCUUAUAUAGUUUGUAGAGUUUGCACUUUGGAGGACAAACAUACCUAAUUAUUUUAUGACAAGGUAUAACGCAGUAUGAAUUAAACAUCCUGCAAAAUGUUA